UUUAUCUCCACAACCCGUUCUACAGUUUACUAACUGCCUUCAGAACGUUGAGUCAAACAGGCAACACUUUCAACGAUGAUUUAUGUAGAAUCUCCAGUAGAAUGAUGGUAAGAAUAAGGUAUCGUCCUCCAUGUACGACUAUUCCAGGAUGUGAGAGUUUAAUUAAAUCGAUGUUUGUAUUUAGUGGGAUUACUGCACAAUGUGGUAUGGUGGAACAUUGAAUGUCCAGUUUGGUAACUUGGUGGAAAUUUCGUGCUGAGAGAGAAACCUGACCAAUGUGGUCGCUGCAUUCCAAGUUUCAUGUUCAAGCCUUGGACGCAUAUUCGGCGGUUUGAUAAGGAGACGGAGUAGAUACAGUCCGAGAGGCGGCACGUUUGGUGAUUUCGGUUCACAAACCGUGUGGAUGUAUGAGACGUCUUUAUUGAAACGUGUCGUUCAAGAUAAAACGAUGCGUUUUCCUACGGGAUGAAUUUGAUAUUCAUGGAGGGAAACUCAUCCAGUCCUACUUUUCCAAGAGUCUUUUUGAAGCACAGGGGAAGAUAUAAGUAGGACAGCAUCGGAGCAUGGCUGACUGUCUGGACUAUUUCAGCGCAGCUCAGUUCAGACAAGAAUCGGCUUCCUAGCCGUCGCUUCUUAACCAGGGGCCAAGCCCCCCUCCGGUACAUUCCUCCUUCACCACCACCUCUCUCCCCUCCUCUCUGAGAUCAAUGCUCCAUUAUUUAUAUAAUGGGAUGCGUCAAAUCCAAGAAGAGCGAUCCGAUCCAGUACGCCAACUCGGUGAAGGCGGACGGCAAUCCUGGGAAGUGGCAGGGCGAGAACGCGCUGCUGGUCCACAAUGAGACGGGGUCCGCGGACGACUCUGCCCGGGUGGACCCCAUUCUGCUGGAGUAUGCCCAGCGGCUGUCCGAGGAGAUAGUGGCCCGGGCCGUGCAGCAGUGGUUGGAGGUGGACAGCCGCUACAUUGACAUCCCCUACAUUGAGUGUGAUGUGCCAUGAGGGGGGGGGGGGGGCAUCGGUCUACUGGAGAGGCAUUGCCAGAGAGUGUUAUUUCUGUUAUGGGAUUCACCUUGAACCUCUGGGGAAAAGAGGACUACUGGAUGCCCAACAGACAGACAGACAGACAUCAAUCUCCUUCAGGUUGAAACAAUACACUACGAAGAUCUACUAGCUGAUGCAAGAUGUUGAUGCCAUUCUAUGGUCCAAAGCCAUUUUUCUGUUUAAUUCAUACUUGGACAAAGACCUUGGUUAAUCCUCUCAUUUUCAAUCCAGACCAUGUGCUUGUCUCCAUCGUUAGCUAGAUGAUGAGAGUUUCGAGCUGGGGUGUGUGAUAUCUUUGUCUUGGGGGCCGAUAAAGCAGAAGAGUAUCAUUGAAUUCUGCUUUGAAAAUGACCCGGUUCUGCCUUUCAGUGAAUAUCUAUCGUUUCCGCUUGAUUGCGUGCCAUCCUGCGGCCAAAUAGCAGGUCCGAUGUAGGAAGUUAUUUAUUAGCACCUCAAAUGGCCAAUGUUUUUCACUUGAGAUUUUUUGUUGGAGUCAGCAGGUACAUGCCUCCCUCUCCAUCUGUCUGCCCAGACAGAAGCUCCCAGUUCAGGGUUCUUGGAUAAUGGCAUCCCAGAGGGUCUGUGGUCGACCAACAAAGGAGAGCUCAUUAUUCAUCCUGCCCACCUACCCAUUAUGCAUGUACAACAACGAGCUGCAGCAACCAAGGGCCUGACAAUGGUCACUUUGAUGAAAUGAUGCUCUACGAACAUGGCCGUGGGAAGAUGUUUUGGGUUGGGGGUGCUGAUGAGUAUUUUUGACCACUCAUAUAGGAGUAAUAAAGGCCAAGUUCACUAAGGAUGUUUUUUCGAUUUAUCAGGGGGUGCUGCAGCACCCUCAGCAUCCCUACUUCCUGCGGCUAUGUUUAGGAAUGUUUUACAGAGGUUCAGCACCCUCCCAUUCUAUGAAUUUGAAUGCCAUUGACAAUAGGACAUCCCUGAGGGCUGGCUAAGUCCCCAAUGCCUCGAGGAAAUCAGGACACGAGCAUGGAUUGACACACUUUUACUAAGACUUGGCUUUUGUACACAAAACGAGUUCUGGGUUCACAAAUACAUUUUGCUUUCGCCAAAAUGUCUUGGGCCAUGCACCCUGGUUUUAACACACUGUGUUCUACAUAAUGAGGAACUGCUGCCAUCCGCCCCAUAGAAUUUACAGCACAAAUAUGCAACUCUCCAAGGCCAUGGUAUUUUUAUUGAGAGCAAAUUGGCUUCUUAAAAUAGUACAAUGCUAGUUUAACAGGCCAUAGGCACACAUAAGCACAAUGGAGAGUUGAGUUGUUUGGAAAAGGAGAACAACUGUCAAAGUCCUUAAUGAAUGGUAGUACAAGCACAAUACGCUUGAUGGGCUUUCGUAUGGCAUUUAUAAGAUAGGUCAUAUCAGUGGGUUUUAGUCAGUCAUGGCAGGUCAGUUCCUACCAUACCACAACUGAUGUUCAAGAAGCUUUAAAUGGCGGAUGAGUCAAGGCUGGGCAACAUGGUACAUUUCACAAAGCAUUAAAUCAGGGUGCCAUUGUAUACACACCACAAAGAACAAGUAGACAUUAUUUCACCGGCUAAGGAGGUUUGACGUGUGCAUCUCAAGUAAGAUUCGGCUGCUAAGCCAUUAGGUAUGCUCAGUAAAGGAAAUGGUAGUGGUGUGCCUCAAAUGCUACACCCAAAAAUCCAUUACAGUUAAAAGCAACAAAUAUAUAACAUCAUUUUCACUAAUCUGGGUUGGAAGAUGAAUCUCUUGAACCCAUUCAAUUAUGUAAACAAAUUGAAAGGCUUAGCGGUGACAACUUUUUUCUGUAUUCCUAAAUCAAUCUAAGAACUGGACAGAUCACUGUUGUUAUUGCCUCAGCUAAUGUUAACAAUUUUACAGAUCAAGCUGCAAAAAACAUAAUGAAAUCAAACAAAAAAAAUCCAUCAAGCUUGAUUUUCAAUCGGAUGAAUUGGUUGAUACACGUCGUUUUACUAUGCAGGAGACACUGCAUGCCAUAUAUCAAGCCCCUAUCAUCAUAAUAAACUAGUGAUAGCCUUCUAUGGUAGAGGCAUUAUCUCUGCCUUUUAUUUGUUGUAUCAUUAUUUAACUAGGCAAGUCAGUUAAGAACAAAUUCUUAUUUUCAAUGACAGCCUAGGAACAGUGGGUUAACUGCCUGUUCAGGGGCAGAAGGACAGAUUUGUACCUUGUCAGCCCGGGGAUUUGAACUUGCAAAUUUUCGGUUACUAGUCCAACGCUCUAACCACUAGGCUACCCUGCCUUUGAAGCUAUGUCGAACACAGAAUUCAAAUGCUUUGUAUAAUGAUGGUCAAUGUCGCAGUUCACAAUGCUUACAGCUUGACAGAAACACAAAGGUAUACCAAAGUAUGUACAAACAAGAUAUACCUGGAUUCCUUCCUUCUAAAUAUUUCAAUGUCGGGAAGACUUACAUCUUGUAACAUCAGUCUUCCAGUCAAGCCUUUAGUUUGAUUAUGGGCAAAAAAAAGUAUGUUGGGAGAUCCUAAUGCUUCUUUUCCCCCCAGUGUCUAAGGACUCAUCUAUAUUUAUAUCAUAUACCAUUUAACCUGCAGCACUGUACAGGUCUGUAAAUAAAUCAAUGACAAAAAUGUGACGACAAUAAAGCUGAAAUCUAUGCCUUCUACCAUUA